UAAAAAAAAUUGAAGAAGAAGAACAAAAAACAGGAGAGAGAGAGGGCUUUGAGGUUAUACUCGUACAAAGGCAAAGAAAAAGAUCUAAGAUGGCGUCAUCAUCAUAUAACGCAAGCGUUGUUCCUUCUUCAUCAUCCUCUGCUCAGCCGUUCUUCCUCACUGGCUCCGGCGUCGGAGAGAACGACUUUGACCAGAAAGAUACUUUUAUGUCAAUGAUUCAACAACCUAACUCCUCAGCUCCACCACCCAAGAAACGAAGAAACCAACCCGGAAACCCAAAUCCUGAUGCGGAAGUAGUAGCGUUAUCUCCAAAGACAAUAAUGGCUACAAACAGGUUCAUAUGCGAUGUAUGCAAGAAAGGGUUUCAAAGAGAACAAAACCUACAGCUUCACCGAAGAGGACACAAUCUCCCAUGGAAGCUCAAACAGAAGUCAACCAAAGAAGUGAAGAGGAAAGUUUAUCUUUGUCCGGAGCCCACGUGUGUCCACCAUGACCCCUCACGUGCUCUCGGAGACCUCACCGGAAUCAAGAAACAUUAUUACCGUAAACAUGGAGAAAAGAAGUGGAAAUGCGAGAAAUGUUCUAAGCGUUACGCUGUUCAAUCGGAUUGGAAAGCUCACUCUAAGACUUGUGGUACCAAAGAGUAUCGAUGUGACUGUGGUACCAUCUUCUCUAGACGUGAUAGUUACAUUACACACAGGGCUUUCUGUGAUGCACUGAUACAAGAGACUGCUAGAAACCCUACCGUGAGCUUCACGUCUAUGGCAGCUGCUAGCAGCGGCCCUCUCUCCGGUGGAUUUUACGGGAGAUUCGACGGUGGCAGCGCUCUCUCCCACCACCAUUUGAGUGACCAUCCAAACUCCGGAUUUUCGCCUCACAUGGGUGGUUACAAUCUAAACAUUGCAUCUUCUCAAAACAUCAGACACUUUGUUCCGCAAACGUCAAACCCUAACUUCUUAAUCCAAUCGAGCCAAGGAAUGCUGACUGCACCGACCAACAACAACAUCGACCAGAGUUUCAUUAACCAACAUGGUCUAAACCACUUUGAUCCAGUCAACAACAUAAACUCCAAGAGUAGCCCCAACAACAGCUUCUUCAACCUCGGAUUCUUUCAAGAAAACACCAAGAACUCAGAGACGAGUCUCCCUUCUCUAUAUAGCACCGAAGUUCACCGUGAAGAAAGCUUGAACGCGGGCUCUAACGUGUCAGCCACGGCACUGCUUCAGAAAGCUACUCAAAUGGGUUCCAUCACAAGCAACGAUCCUUCUGCUUUGUUCAGAGACUUGGCUUCUUCGUCAAGUGUGGUUGUUAAUGACUUUGGAGAAGGGCAGAUUAUGGGGAACCAUCAUAACGGUAAUCUUCAAGGUCUAAUGAACUCAUUAGCGGCAGUAAAUGGCGGUGGUGCAGGCGGAUCCGGUGGCAAUAUAUUCGAUGUUCAUUUUGGAAACGAUGGAAACAUGAGUGGCUCGGACAAGUUAACGUUGGAUUUUCUUGGAGUUGGAGGAAUGGUGAGAAAUGUAAAUCGUGGCCGUGGUCGUGGAGACGUUUCUUUGGAUGGUGAACUCAAGUUUCCGGAGCAAAACCAUCCAUAUGGAAGAUCUUGAUAUAUAAUAUCUUAUUAUUGUAGACCUAUAUAUUCACCCUAUUAUGACUAGUUAGGUGAUAUUUUGCUAUCUUUGUUUGUUGUUUCAUAAUCUACAUACAAUAGAUCUUUACUGAACUCUUUAAGUUUGGUUCUGAUUAGAAUUUGUCUUUGUUAAGUUGUUAUAUAAAUAGUUUGCUACUGUGUUGUCUAUAACCGAAUACAAAAACUACUAUGGUUCGAGGG